UCGAGCGAGCGCGCGUUCACGAGUCCCUCGGGUUGGUGCUAUGUGCGCGCCGCGGUCAGUAUGCCAUGGGGAUCUGUUGGACUCGGUGUUGUAGCCUCUUCCGCAGAGAGAGCAGUCGCUUGCAGAGAGCAGGAGGAGGGUCAAAGUAUUUCAGGACAUGUUCCAGGGGAGAACAUUUUACUAUUGAGUUUGAAAAUCUUGUAGAAAGUGAUGAGGGGGAAAGUCCAGGAAGUAGUCAAAGACCUUUAAGUGAAGAAGAAAUAAGUGAUUUAAGAGAGAGACGUUAUGAAUCGAUCGCAAACAGACAGCAGUUUGAUGACAUCAAGUUACAAGAUGAGUUAGCCUUACAAGAGGAGAAGUUAAAACUAGAAGAAGAGGCUUUAUAUGCUGCACAGCGUGAAGCAGCCAGGGCAGCCACGAAAAGAAAGCUUUUGGAGCAACAUCGGUUACAGUGGCUUAAGCAAAAAGCUCAAGCAUUUAAAAGUGGGGAAAACAUGAAAGGCUCAGAAGAUUUUGAAUCCUAUUUGCAGAACGUGAAAUCACAAUAUGAAGUAUUCAGGAGUAGUAGGCUUUCUUCUGAUGCCAACAUAUUAACUCCCAACACGGAGAGUAGCUGUGAUCUCACCAACAAAACAAAGUCUACGAGUGGCAAUGAUGAUAACACAUCCCUGGAUCUUGAGUGGGAGGAUGAAGAAGGAAUAAAUAGGAUGAUUCCAAUGAGAGAGCGCUCCAAGACUGAGGAAGAUAUUCUGCGGGCAGCCUUAACAUACAGUAGGAAGAAGCCCGGGAGUCACGCGGCCUCAGCCUCUGAUGAUUCGAAUGGGCUGGAGUGGGAGAAUGAUUUUGUGAGCGCAGAAAUGGAUGAUAACGGGAACUCGGAAUAUGCAGGGUUUGUUAACCCAGUAACAGAGCAGUCUGCAGAGCAACAGGACAGGUAGAAGAGACAUUGGAUACAGUGGACUAUAAUGACCAAACACUUUAUUCUCCUUUAUGGAUUAUCGAAUGUACAGACUUUUGUUUUCCUUUUUUUUUUUUUUUUUAAAUGCACACUCAGAUGUAGAAAUGUGUCACUGGAAAAGAAAUUAAGUGCAAUUUUUAUUGUUUACUUUUUGCGAAUGUUUUUCUUUAAGGGGUUUGUAUUUUAACCCCUUAUGAACCAUUGACAUUCUUUGUCAUCAUAACUAUCUGAUUUUUACAGAUCUUAUCCUAAAAUAAGUCAUGUUCUACUCAUCCAUGACAGCAGGACUGCAUAGAGUUACCAGUGGUUUCUGAGCAGGACAUUCCGUGCAGUCAGCCUUUGUGGACCAGAUUGUGAUGACCGCAUGGAAUAUCAUUGGUUUUUAAGAGUUAAUCACUAAUGAAACAUGUGAUGUUGCUUGGAUUUUGGCACUUGUCUAGGUCCACUAAUUAUCUGCACUACUUGAAAAUUUGUCAUUUUGGCAAGCAUCUUGUCCUUCACUAGCCCUAGGUUUAGAAUGUGUAGCAGUCUUUAAUAUUGUCUUCUAUUCUUCUUUUUGGUUUUACAUAUUGGAAGACAUUGCAGUGAUAUCUUCACAUAUAAAAUAUGAUAAACUCCAGAAUUCAAAAUCUUGGCAACCUAUAUGAUUCUGAACUACAUUUCCCAAAAUGUUCAGCCGGCCUAAGGGAUACCCAUCACUGAUUUAGAAACUCUAUACACAUCUACCCAUUUUUACAGAACAAUUGAACAGUUUGGAAAAGCUAUAAUAGCAAUACAGCUUCAAAUUACAAUGCCCAUCUUUAGGAGAAACUCUCUGCAGAGCUGUUGCAUUGCCUUAAUUAGUAUGUCAUUAAUAAAUUAGUUAUUUAAACUCAACAAUUUUAUAAAAAUGGUUUAUGUAUUCAUGUAUUUUAAUUUUUUUCCCCCAUUAAUAUACAUUAUAUUGAACUGUACUGACAUAGAAAAAUAAUCCUCACUACCGAUUUAUAGGGAAUCUGAGGGAGAAACCUUUCAGGUUGAUUUUCAUACAUUUUAUAGAAAUGUGCGUGUGCUAGUUUGGAAAAUCACCAAAGAAAUGUUUUGCUAUGUAACAAAAAUAUUUACAAAUUGUAACAAGCCCCUGCUAAAAUAAUUUCAAAGAAUCUGAUUCAUGUAUUGAUUAAAAAGAACUAUAAAACAAGUGUAAUUCAUUAAUUAUUUUUUCUCUUAUUCAAAAUUUAGACUAUGCACUAGGUAGUUAUUGCAUUGCAUCAUUUGUUCCUAACAUUUAGAUUGGGACCCAUGACUCCAGUUCCAGUUAUUUACAAUAGACAUCAUAUUGUAAGGCCCUAGGCAACUCUCUUAAAUAAUACCGUCCCUGAUAUAUAUAAAAAAAAAUGUUGGUACCCAAUUAAUAUCGUAUACAUCAUAUGCAUAUUUUGGUUCCCUGUCAAUAGUGGUUAAUAAGUACUGUAAUCCAUAUUAAAUACCUGCACUCAUCACAGUCUCAGUUGAAGGACAAGUGUAUGUGGUAGUGAUGACUGCACUCACCCUGCUCUAUAUUUUGCUUUGCUGAGAAGCUAGCUCAGUGGGGAAUUAUGUGGUUUUCAAGAUGCACUAGUCACUACAAACAAAAACCAAUGCAAUUUUUAGAAGCAAACAAAAUAAACACAACACUGUGUAUGAUGUAUACUAAUAAAUUUUGUUUUGUCUGUC